CCGCCCUCGAUCUCCUAUAUAUGUGCUCCACGAUACUUUCCUGACCUCAACCACUUUCACUCUGUGUGCAAGGCCAUAGCUUACAGUACUGCUCAACGUCAUUGCAUGCUAUACAGGAGGCUCUCGACUUUCUGUAUUCACCUAUUCUGCGAGCGGAGUGGCACUGCGCUCUACCUCUGGCAUACAUUCUCUCACAACUGCCAACCUUGCUUGGACUUGAACUUUUUCUUGAACACUGAUUUUGACCUCAACCUCUAGCAAAAGUCAAACCUUCACACCCGCUUUUCUUGUACCAAUCACUUUCUCGGCCAAUUGCCCCCAAUCCACUCUACAAUCUCCAAUACAAAGCUGCCCCACAGCUGUCAACUUCAAUCUUCAACUUUGUCCUCAACAUCAAUAUCAACCUCGGCCUCGAGCAAAAGUCAACCUACCUCGCUCAAUAUCUUUGUCCCACUUUCUUUCUCGGCUUAUCUUCAAGUUAGUCUGCAACGUCGAAGACAAACCUACCCACAACAAGACAAUCUUGAAUUUCAACUCCGCUCCCAACAUCGAACACGACCUCGACUUAGACCAACAAAUAACCAAUUUAUUUGUGGUAUCUUCUAGAAUAAUAGCCAAGCAUGACGAACGACGCGGUGAAGAAUCCGCUGCCACGUCUCCAUACGCCGGACUCCUCAGAUACGACCAUCGACCAUCAUAUGUACGGCGGUGAUGGAAGUAGUGGGAAUAUCGACCGGAAAGAUCAAGGCUUCGGAAACAAUGCAUCCACCUCAAACUCUUCGCCAUUUCGGGUCCUGCGAAUCCAUAGUGAUAGCUCGUCAGCUGCCUCGGUGGCUCCCCCAUCCGUUGGAUGUGCAGACACAACAAUGGGCUCACCAUUGCCUGUCCUACAAAAUAACACCACUCCGCGCCAUCGAGACCCGACCGCUAGAUCUGCGCCCUCUCCUCUCGGGCCUGGAUACGACGUUGGAGAUUACGGAUCUGAUAUGUCUGGGCUUGUGGCAACGUCUACUGGCAACGUCGACAGUCCUGAAUCCGAUGUCGGUGAGAAUAAGAGCAAUUCUGGACCUGAUGAGGGAUCAAUGUUCAAUCUAGAAGUCUUAGCCCCUCCUUGUACUCCAACUCAUGCCUCUAAUGUGCAGAUUGCUGAUGACAGUGACCCCCCUGUACUGAACGGUCGGACUACAGGUAUUUGUAAUCUGCCGUUCAUUGCCGCCAGCCCUUCUGAAGUGUUGCCACUACAUGGAUACUCUGAAAACUUUUCCUAUACAUCGAUUAAGUCGAUUGGGGAAGCUCUAGGUGACCGUGGAAAUCGGAGGGCAUCACAACUCCAGCUCCGGUUGACCGAAACGGAAUCCUCAAAGACUAAUGCUGGGAAUGGUAGCGCUAUGCCAUCUUCACCACCACUAUCGCUAUCGGCGGGUGGAGCUGACACUUUCUCCAACUCCAUGCGUCAGACUUUGGCCUCUGGCAUACCACAGGAGCCCCAGUGCACAUUUACUAAUGAGAACGACCCGUUUGUAGACAAUUCGGACACGAUCAAUUCUUCAUCGUCACUCCCAAACUUGGACAACAAUCGCGAUUUGAUGCGCAAGUCUUGGAUUCGCAACAAAUCCUCGCGAAUUGGAUCGCUGUCGCGAACCAUGGGUCACCUACAGCGGAACCUUGGCAAGAAUUUGAACGAAUGCACUGAUGCCGAGAUUGGAGCAUACACGAAGACGCGAUCCGAGCUUUCCGAGGCUCUGAACUUGGACAAACAGGUCGAGAGCCGUCGUCGCUUGUUCAUGCCUAAGGACAAGAAGCCGCUGAGGACGCCUGUGGAAGGGGACGGAUUCAAGGGUCUAUCCCCUACCAUGCACUCAGAUCAUCUCGAUGACGAAGAGAUGGAAGAUUCACGAUUCGUAAAGGACGAGUCAUCGCCCUUGCUCGGAUAUGAGAUGGGUCUCAUGGAGCGUAGGGGACAUGCUGCCAUCACUAAGGACAAGGCCGAUAAGGGGGCUAAAUGGGGUAGGAUCAUCGAUGGAAUGGACGAUGGAGGCAAGAAAUCUCUGAGGAAGAGCAUCGUCGGCGAGAUUCGCGGUGCUGCUAAGCGCAGGCGUGAUGACAGCGGCGACAUGCCAAAGGCUAAGAAAUGGGCCGGCCAGCGGGAGUAG